AUGAAUCCUGAAAGAAGAAUCACAUUUCAAUACAAAUACAAGAAAGUGGCCCUUAACAGUUUGAAGAAGUUGAGUGCCAAAGUGAUCAAGCUCACUGAAUUCGUGGAUGAUUAUGGGAGAAUCCUGGCUCCUACUUUGGAAGAGUUUGAGAUAACUUUAGGCCAAAAUUUGAGGGACCAUGAUUCAUUUCCCAAGAUUGAUGAAGGUAUCACUGCCAAGAGAAUAGCUUCAAUUUUGGGUAUGGAUGUCCAAUUGGUUAUAAGUAAUUGGGAUAAGAAGGGAGUCUUCAAUGGUUUUUCUAGAUGGUUUUUGGAAGAACAAGUUGUGAAGUUGGAGAAAGCUGGAAAAGGGAAAGCAUUCCAUGUCAUUCUAGCCCUAUUGGUUUAUGGGAUAGUAUUGUUUCUAAAUCUUGACAAUUUUGUGGUUCAUGUGGCCAUAAAAAUCUUCCUAUUUGGUAAUCCAAUACCUUUUAUCCUAUGUGAUAUAUACUACGCCCUCCAUGAGCAUCAUGAGAAGAAAGGGGGAACCCAUUUAUGUGGCAAAAUGUUGUUGCAUGCUUGGUUUAGAUAUCACAUGCCCGAAAACGGACCUUACACCUCUAAAACAAUUAAACUCUCUCUGAACUUAGCUUCCCUUGCUACCAGCCAUGUCAAAUGGUAUAUCAGAGAUUGGGAGACCCCAAAUAUUAUUGUUAGCAUUGAAGACUUUCCUAAUGUACUUUUGAUAUGGACUAGGGGUUGCAUCAACUACAACCAUAUGUUAUGCAUGAUGCAACACGGUUACUCCAUGAACGAACCUCCAAAAGUGGAAGCUUUAGAGCCUUUCAUUUUUCAUGACAUUGAUGCAGACAACCCAAUUGUGAAGAAGAUUAAGAAAUCCUGGAAAACAAUUGUUAGAAGGGGCAAGGAGUUUGGAAAUAAGAAUGUCCUUGUGAAAGAGCCUUACACUCAUCGGCUCAAUGCCAAAAUUAAGGAGCUUAAAUUAAAAAAGUCUGAUUUACGGCUUAAGCUUAAUCAAGCGACUUUGGAAAAUGAAAAUCUGAAGGAUGAACGUCAAGAGAAGGACCGAGAUCUUGAAGCUAUCAACAAGAGAGCAAGAACAUUAGAAGACAAGAAGGAUGAGCUUGAUGAUAUUCUCAUAGGUAAGAAAUCUGUUUUCAAAACCAAGAAUGAGGAGCUCAAAAAAGCCCACCUCAAAAUUCAAGAGUUGGACAAAUUGUUGGAGAGGUCUCUUGUGGAGAAGAGAGAAGUUAGACUCGAUUAUGAAGCUCAAAUUUGUAAAAUCAGAGACAAUCUCAAGAAGUGCAAAGGUAAGUUGUCUCGUGAGGGGGUGUAUAGAGAGGAUAGAGUGUCCCUAGACGAAGAUCAGCAUGUCAUUAAGAAGCUCCUAGACUUGUAUGUUGAAUGGAAUGGCAAGUUUUUCAACUUGGCUAGAUUUGCUAACCUCAACAUGCUGGAACUUCCAGAGAAACUCCAAGAAGUUGAUUGGAGCAUGUGUCCAGAGAACAGACCUCCUCAGGUUUUCAACUUUGUCAAGUUUUUCAAGCGAAUGGUGAAAGAGCUCACCAUCGAUCUUGCUACGAUCAAAAGGGCUGAGAUGGAGAUUAAGUUCAUGUGUACUUGA